CUACCCGCCCCCGCCUCCCUUUUGUCUGAAGAAAAAUCAGAAUCCCCUUUUUCAAAGAAAUGAGAAAACCUAAACCCAUUCCUUCUUGCGUUUCUUCGUGUAGUGAAUAACAUUUGUGGAGUUUCUCAGACGAUUCUUGCGUUUCUCCGUUCAUGGCCAUACCACCAUUGGCAUUUGCCUUCCGUUCAUGGGCAUGGUCCCUUUGAAAGACGAAGUCAUAUGAGUUUCUCCUUCAAUUGAAUCAAUGCGUAGAGAAAUCAGAAAACCCCACCAAUCCUAAGCUUCUACCAAUCGUCGUAUCGUUGGAAACCCUUAAACCCGUUGAUUUUGGUCCCAAGCUUCUACCAAUUGUCGUACGUGCUUCCCAUUGCCGCAACGCUCUAGGUUAUGGUUUCAUGGGGGUUUCGUCAUUAGAGGGAUGUAAACUAAAGGUGUACCUGUUCUAAUACUAGAGGAAAACAAUUUAUUGAAUUGUCGUUAUAUUGCUAGCAACUCAUGAUUGUCUUCUAGGGAAAGUGAAGAUUCAUUUCAGUAUGGUAACUACUACAGAGAAGUUGAAGACCUGCGAGUUGUAAUUCAACGCUUCUGUGAGCAGAAAUACAUAAUUACAGCAAUUGUUGGUCAUAGUAAAGAUAUCUGAAUCGGGAUUGGUCGCAGGAUGUGUAUUUGCAGCAGUUGCAUUCUAUUUUAAGGUUCAUGAGGUGGGUGCUGUAGCAGUCCCAGCACUUACUGUAACAGGCAUACUGGUAUGAUGACCAUUGCUACAAUUUCUUUAUUGAUGUUGUUUUCUUGGAUGUGUCUCAAAAUAUGGAGUUUUUCUUGUUUAUCUGUAUUGAUGUUGUCUUCUUGGAUGUGUAAGGUGGGGGGGUCUUAAUUUGUACAUCUAAGAAGUUUUAAAAUCUUUAGUAGUUAUAUUAAAAAAAAAUAAGGGACAAAAGCAGCAAAACAAAAACCAUUUCGACGGUAGGAUUUUCUUAGUGGAAACAUUAUUUAAUUAUAUCUUAGUAAGAUAAUGUUCUUACACUCUGUCUCAUUAGUUAACUAGGACAUCAUUAUCUUUUAAUAUCUAUUCAGCAACGGUGAUUAACCAUUAUUAAAAAAAAAUAAACGUUAUGAUUGAAAGAUAAUGAUGACUUGUAACUUGGAACACCUAAUGAUACAUGUAACUUGCACACCCAUGCUUAGGCAUGGUGGACAUGCUCUCAUGUCCUUGGGCUUGCCUUGGAACUCCGUCACCUUCGGGGCAUUCCAUGUAGAAGAGGCUGGAGACAAGCUGCAACAUGAGCACAAGCUGACUCAUGGAUCACGGCCUAAUGCUGCACCUGCAUUGACCGAGGCAGAACCUGAUAAAUCUACAGCAGUUGCUACUUCUGAUGCGGCUGGACGUGUGGCUGGAGGAUUGAUCAAUCACCCUCUGGAUGUUGCAGACCAGCUGCAGGGAGAUGAGGUCUUGAAUGCACGGCUUGGUGCUCAGCCAAGUGCAGCUGAGCAUGCUAAUGGUGCUGCAAAGGCUGGUGCACAUGUUGUAGAUAUCUAUGCUGGUCUGCACAUGGGUGAAUCAGCUGUUGAUAAUAAUCAGUUUGGUGAUGGCUUGGAUGCAGCUAUUCCAGCUGCUGCUCGGUCUCAAACAUGUGAAGCUGGUGCUGGCAUGUUGGAGCAGGGCAGUGUCAACAGGACUUGAACAUAAAAUAACAAAAAUGAUCAUAAAAGAAUGAAACACAUGAAAGUACACAAUGAGACAAAAGAAUGAUCCAAUUUUUAGCCUGGAGGAUGAAGUGGCUGUGUCAAUCAAUCUAUAUUCAUUCAUUAUCCAAUCCGCCUUAGAUCCGUUAGGAGGUCGACCUGAAUAAAACACCAGAGCUUUCUUCACUCCUAUGCG